AUGGAUGAGAAAGAGAAAGUUUUCUUUUCAAAUCAGGGAUUAGAGUUCAAAAAUAUUAUUGCAGAAGGUGGAUUUGGUGUAAUUUAUCUUAUGUACAGUGAACAAUAUCAUUCAAACUUCGCAAUGAAAAAGAUUCCAAAAGAGAGAUAUAAUCAAGAAGAAUAUGAGAUAAUGGCAUCUAUUGAUCACCCGAAUACUAUAAAUCUCUACAAAACAUAUCAAUUUGAUAAUAAAAUAUAUAUGCUAAUGGAAUAUUGUCCGAAUGAUCUUUCAAAUUUUUUGAAAGGGAAUCCAAAUCUUGAUUCACAACAAAUUAAAAAAUAUUGUUAUGAAGUUUUAAUUGCUAUUAAAGCAUGCCAUGAUCGAAAUAUUGCGCAUAGUGAUAUUAAACCAUCCAACUUUCUUAUUGAUUCAUAUGGAAGACUUAAAGUAUGUGACUUUGGAUUAAGCAGAGUAUAUGAUGGGUCUUUAACAAAUGACAUGUAUAAAGGGACAUUAUACUUCAUGGCUCCAGAAUUACUUAAAAAGAGACACUAUAAUCCUCUCAAAGCUGAUAUAUGGACCAUAGGAGUCACUUUCUUUUAUAUUGCUACAAGAAGAUAUCCAUUUUAUUCCUCUAACCCUGAAAUACUGAACAACGUUAUUGAAGCUGGCGUUUACUCCUCAUUCAAGGUUAGGAAUUUAGAAUUAAGACAAAUAAUUAGCAGAUGCUUAGAUGUUUUACCUGAAAAGAGGCCAACUGUUGAUGAAUUGUUGGCUCACCCUUAUUUUAGCUCGUUAAAUGCCAGAAAACUAAGGAAAUUAGUCGGUAAUGGAAAUACAAUGAGUGCUGAAAUUAUUAGGCCUUCGGUGGCUACCUCAACAAAACCUAAAUUUGAACGCCAAUCAUGCAUAUUGAACCCAUCCAUUAUACGGAAGGCUGCAAUCCCAAAAAUUAUAUAA